AUGAAUCGUAAAAAGGUUCAAGUCAUUGUAGCAGCUGAAGCACUUGGUUUAUUGGAUACAAUUAAAUCAGAAAGAAGGUACUGGGUUUAUCUUCUCAAUGUGGAACGAGAAAAAACGGGACAUUUCAAAAUUUUUUUUGAAAACAUAAGGCGUUAUCCACAAAAUGUUUUCGAAUACUAUCGCAUAUCAAUUUCGAGUUUUGAUGAGUUAUUAGAAAUUCUACGUCCAUAUAUAACUGAAACCACCACAUUAUUUCGUAAUCCAAUUUGUGCUGAAGAACGGCUUACAAUUACUUUGAGAUAUUUAUCAAUUGGUACGUACUUUGCCGCUCUAAAAUUCGAUUUUCAAGUAGGAAGAAGUACAAUCAAAGUUAUUGUAAAAGAAACAUGUCAAGCGAUUUGGACCAAUUUAAAUUUAAUAGAAAUGACUGCACCAACUAUUGACGAAUGGAUGGAAAUAUCGAGAAUUUUUUAUUUGAAAACUAAUUUCCCCAAUUGUCUCGAAGCAAUAAAUGAAAAACAUAUAAGAUGUAAAAAUUCUAACAACUCAGGAUCUUUGUUUUUCAAUUACGAAAAAUUUUUUUCGAUAGUAUUGAUGGCUGUAGUGGAUGCAAAUUUGAAUUUUAUUUCAAUUGAUGUAGGAUCUUACGGCCGCGAAGGAGAUUCUAAUAUUUUUAAAGAGCGCCCAUUUGGUAAACUAUUAUAUUCCAAGAAAUUGAAUAUUCUAGAACCAACUAUAUUACCAAAUACAAAUAAUAGCCCUCAACUUUAUGUGUUUGUUAGAGACGAAGCUUUCGCGUUACACACAAAUUUACUAAGGCCUUAUCCAGGGUGUAAUAUUAACGAUUCUCGGAGAAAUCAGAUUUUACGAAUGAAAUUGUCAAAACUUGUUGUAUUCUAUACAACUUCGUCCGUAAGACAGAUAGAUGGUAUCAAUUAUGAAGAUUCUGAAAACAACAGUUUAGACGACAUUGAAACUCACGGAGUAGGGGCGGCUCGUUCACAAAGUGUUGGUGUAAGAGAUUACUUCGCUAACUAUUUUAUGGGCCCAGGAGCAGUAGAUUUUCAGUACAAAGUACUUUAG